GGGACCGAUAACUACCAGGAGGAUGCCUAAGUCUUCACUCUGAUCUCCGACUACGAGCUUUUCGGAUCUGUCCACGAGAUCUGCUCGACCGGCUCCGAUAGCCGCGUGGAAGAAUUCUUCCCGCCGGUUAGAAUCGCGUCCACGAGACUCUCGCGACGUCGGGAUGGAGUGAUCUUCCUCGGAACCUUUUCGGUCGAAUAGUGCGACUUGUUUCCCGUUUCGAUCGCGCAAUCUUUAUAAAUCCCAAGACGAGAAAGUGCGUCCGCGCCGUACAUCUCGAGUUACAUGUGUAGAUUGACGCGAAGUGGUAUAACACUCUUGUGUUUUGUAAGAUCCGUAAAGUAAUUUCGUUCUUCUCGAAAAUCAGUCUCUCACCUUAGAUUUAUGACCGAAUAAGUCAUGUCUGAGCUGCGUCGGUCGAUGAAUAUGCAAAGAUUGCCGCAUGGAUAUAAUACAGCGAACAGUAGUUGAGCAACUUAAAUAAGGAGCGACGCGCGAGGGUGGAAUCUUAGUGGUUUUAGCGAAUCAGAGCGGAAAAUCCCCGUACUUUGGAUAGAAUUGGCCUGGAGCCUUGGACUCGGUAAAGUUAACGAAGAAGUUGAAGGGGGAAGUUAACACUGACCACCAAGUGCGUUCGUGUUCUCGCCGGGAUUAGUAAUUCAUCAUCCCUUCUAGACACAAGAAGAGAAAAGCAAAUUAGCCGCCAUCGCGACGAACAAAAGCGCUGUUGCGAUUUUAUGACAGGUACUUUCAGCGUCGACCAUCUCCGUCUUUAGGUCAACUAACUUUUGAUUGCAUUACAACCUGAACUGUCUUCAUCUCGAAAGAUCAUACCUCUCGGAUAUCAUCAUUCAGCGAACUUUUAUUUACAUCAAAUCUUUCUCCAGUUGAAGUACGGUCGAGGAAAUCGGAUGAAUGCUUGUUUGAUGGAGUACGCGGUGAUCAAGACGCAGGCGAUGUCAUUGAGAGAAAAUUUAAUUAAACCACGCGCGAUUUUGCAUCGCUUCCGUUAGUCUCGUUCGUGAUGAGUUCACGCGAGGGUGAAUACGUGGACGGAUCGGGGUGCUUCGAGGGCUGCCUGAAGUGAUCGAGUACAGUGAUCGUCGCACGCUUUCUCGACGGAUCGCAUGAGAUGAUGACCUUCGUGACGGAUACGGUGCCCUACGCCUACGAAGCGGUCACGAGAUCAGCUUACGACGGUUAUCGUCAUCAUUUACAUCACCAUCAUCACCAUCAUCAUCAUCCCCAUCGGUAUCGACGUGUCUAUACGCCGACUGAAUCCGAAUAUCUACAGGGAUACGUCACCAGGAGGGAUACGGACGACCGCGCGAGGAUUAUCGGCGUUAACAACGCUUUGGCGUCGGCCGGCUCGUUGAAUUAUCGCAACGACCGAGUCAGGUCGCAGUCUCGGUACACCCUUGAUUCGGAUGACGCCUCGUCAGUGAUAUCGGCGGAUGCAUCGGCUGACCUCGAAUCCGGCUCUGCAGACGCCGACGAGACCAACGAGCUCAACGAGACCAACGAGACCAACGAGACGAGCGAAACGAACGAGGGCGAGUCGAUCGAGCAUGUACCUCAUCCUCACGUUUUGGACGCCGGCUCGCCGCAUGAACCGCGCAGGUGUCUUCUGUGGGCCUGCAAGGCCUGCAAGAAAAAGACGGUCACCGUCGAUCGAAGGAAAGCUGCCACCUUGCGCGAGAGACGGCGCUUGAGAAAGGUCAACGAGGCCUUUGAGGUGCUCAAGAGGAGAACGAGCAACAACCCCAACCAACGUUUACCUAAAGUGGAGAUAUUGCGGAACGCUAUCGAGUAUAUCGAGAGUCUCGAGGCGCUGUUGCAAGGAAAUAGACCUUCCGGACACCAGGAUCACCCUUCCGCUGAGAGCAUAAAUGGAGAGUCACCGCAGUACGUGACGGACAGACUUCGGCAAUUCUCGGAUCCUUUGGCAAGGUUUCAACCAAUUAACGGUUUCGAGCAAGCCGAGGUAUUGUCCUCACAAAACAACGGAAGCAGUUUGGACUGCCUCAGUAUGAUCGUGCAAAGCAUUAAUGGGCCAUUGCAGCCGUCGUCGGAAAGUCAUUAUUCAUCGCAUCACUGAAGUUGUAUGGUACUGAGACUUGAUCCUUUUGAAUCAGUCUCCUUCCUUGGCUCUUAUAGCAGUGAUGUGUGCCAUUCGAUAGUUCAAAUGAAUGCACGCAGACAGCCAAAGAUCUGAAUGCCUCUUACCUAGAAUAAUCCUAUCGUAUUGCGCAAAGUACUUAAAAAAUCGUGUAAUUUUUGCGAUUUAUGGAUAAAUGAAUGAAGACGAAUGAUAACUGUAUUGUUAUGAAUUGGUCAAUAAGCUAAACAUAAAAUUGAAAUUAAAAUAAUAGCUAAUCAUAAAAUUGAAAGGAAGAGAAGAAAACCCGUGUGUAUUUUUAAACUUAAAGAAUCCCCAGAACAGAAAUGUGUGAUUUUUGAAACAACAAUAAAUUCUAAAAUCGGUAUUCGGCCGAAUGGACUCAUUUCUUUUUUUAUCGAAACGAGAAUUAUGAUUAAUGAGUCCAGGAAAUUCAGUGAAAGCACACAAACAUAGUAUAGGUUUCCGAUAAAUUGUUCCGAUAAAUCUAUGCGAAAUAUCGGAAGUAGUCAAAUAUUUUAUCUAUACUAGAAGAAAAUAUUUUAAAAGAAUAAUCUUAGUCUCUCUGCGCGUGAGCGUAACUUGAAAUAUUGUAGCACAGUGAGGCAAACAUUUUCUCUCUCGUAGCAGAGUAAAAAUUUAUUACGCGACAAUUAUUUGUUGCAACU